AUGUACUACCAAAGAUACCUGUGGAGCAUCUGCAACCGCCGCGAAUGGCCCGAACCAGAGUACAAAGCCUGGCAAACGUCGCACGGCCACUACUGCAUCGUGCGCGUCAACAACAGAGAAUACACAACCGGCCUGCCCUUCACCACCCACGCUGGCGCGCAGGAAAACGCCGCCGCGCAGGCCUGGAUGAUCUGCCGCGCCUUCUCGGCCAACGACGGCAUGCUUCCUGGCCAGCGGCCGGGGCAGGUUGCGCCUAAUGGCAUCCAGCAGGGCAAACGGGUUGCGAUUGGAGAGGGGAGACGGAAGGCUGCUGUUCCGCUGCCAGCACUGCCGCGGGAUGAAGUUGUGAUGAGUGAGCAGGUGGAGCGGGCUGCGUUGCUGUCGCCUCAUCGGUUGAGUUCGAGCAGUGAUGAGGAUGGCUCUAGCCCGUUCAGCAGUCCGAGGGAUAGUCUGCGCAGCAGCGUGGGCGAAUCCAGCGGUAGUGCGAGGAGCAGCAUGACGAGCGUCGAGGGCAUCAGUCCGAAGACUAGCGCAAGCAACAGCCCGAGCAACAGCGUGAACAACAGUCCCAGGAACAGCGCGGAUAACAGUCCGCGGAACAGUCCGCGCGACAGCGUGAUGGAGAUGUCGCUGCUGGACGGCGCGGAGCCGAUGCCGCAGUAUGGCAAGCCGGCGCAACGGCAUUCGUACUCCAAGAGGGGGAAAAUCCACAAGUCGCUCAUCUCCUACCUCAACGCCUCGGGCUACACCAAAAGCGCACAACAGAUCCGCGACGAGCUGAACCUCCCAGAAAGUAGCUUCGACGCCGCGACGGCGAAAAAGUACGAGGGGCUGCUGGAGAAGAAAUGGACGAGCGUCGUGCGGCUGCAGAAGAAGAUUAUGGAUCUCGAGAGCAAGGCGAGUCAGUUGCAGCAUGAGUUGGACAACGCCACUCCGUCUUCGCUGGCGGCGCGCCGGAAUCAUGAUCCUGCGACGUGGUUGCCGAGGGCGCCGGCGAGGCAUACGCUGCAGUCGCAUCGGCAGCCUAUUACUUGCGUUGCUUUCCAUCCGCUGUUCUCCAGUCUGGCUUCCGGGAGUGAGGACUGCACGAUCAAGAUUUGGGAUUAUGAGCUCGGAGAGCUGGAGAGGACGUUGAAGUCGCACACCAAGGCGGUGCUGGAUGUGGACUUUGGCGGGCCGAGGGGGAAUACGUUGCUGGCGAGCUGCAGUUCCGAUUUGACUAUCAAGCUGUGGGAUCCGGCGGAGGAGUACAAGAAUAUCCGCACGCUGCCCGGACACGAUCAUAGCGUGAGCAGUGUCCGCUUUAUUCCUUCUGGCGCUGCUGGUGCCCCGCUGUCGGGGAAUUUACUUGCAUCGGCGAGCAGGGACAAGACGAUUCGGAUAUGGGAUGUGACGACGGGGUACUGCCUGCGGACGCUGAGGGGGCAUGCGGACUGGGUGCGCUCGCUGUCACCUACAUUCGACGGACGAUGGCUGCUAUCGACCUCCUCCGACCAGACGAGUCGAAUGUGGGACCUCUCGCAACCCGACUCCAACACCAUGAAGCAGACCUUCACCGCGCACGAGCACGUGGUAGAAUGCUGCGCCUUCGCACCCCCGACAUCAUACCCGCACCUCGCAGCACUCGCAGGCCUGAAAAAGCCACCACCCGCCUCCUCCUCGGCCGAAUUCGUCGCGACAGGCGGCAGAGACAAGCUCAUCAAACUCUACUCCACAAACGGCGUGUGCAUCAAAACGCUCACGGGCCACGACAACUGGAUCCGCGCGCUCGCAUUCCACCCCGGCGGCAAGUAUCUCCUCUCGUGCUCCGACGACAAGACAGUUCGCUGCUGGGAUCUGGCGCAGGAGGGCAAGUGCGUGCGCACGGUCGAGGCGGCGGAUCACUUUGUGUCGUGCUUGCGUUGGGCGCCGAGUAUUUACAAGGAAGCGCCUGCGCGGGAGAGUAUUGGGGGAGGGGCGACGACUAAUGGGACCACGACGACGACAACGACGAUGGCUAACGGCACGAAGGAGGAGGGAGGAGGGGUGAAGGAGCAGAUUCGGUGCAUGCUUGCGUGCGGCAGCGUGGAUUUGAAUGUGCGGGUGUUUACCGCUUGA